AUGAAUCUCCCAACUAUCAACGCCCCGAACCGAACCCGCAGCCAUGGCCGGGCUGCGUCUGGGGACGAGCGCCGCCGAGUUGCCGUGCCUCGCCGCUCCACCAAAGGCCCGCUGGACAGCGAUGUAGACGACCCGCUUGCUGGGAGCACCUCACAGUCUGCCGCAUCUUCGCCGCCUCGUCGAGUGCUCUCGCCCGCCCCCCUCAAUACGGCCGCGACUUCCCCGCUAUCACCAGACAGCGGCACGUCGCCCAUCCCAGACCUCCCGUCCAAAGACUUCAGCUACCUCCUCGAACCCUCCGCCUACCAUGCCCUCCCGUCGACCAACAUCCCCCAGCCGUUUCUCAACUCGCCAGCUCUCCCCUCCCUAGCUGGUCCUUUGCCAGACCUGCUGAAAACGGGUCACUAUCGCCUCGCUGCUAUAUCUGCUGCCCGGGGCCUCUCGACAAGCGUGUCUCCAAGUGACGCCCCUGCAAUUUUCGAACUGUUGCACAUCCGGCUCGCAUGUCUGUGCUUGCUGAAUGAGCAUGCAAUGGCUGCACAGGAAGCCAAACUGCUUGGCGAUCUGAGUAGUGCCUUCUACCGGCACCCCCUCACAGGGGCCCACCUAGUACCCUGGGAGCUUCGAGUUCUAUCCGUACGUCUGGCUGCCUUAGGAUACGGCGAGUGGCGGAAAGGGAUCAUGGGAUACUACGAGCUGGCGCGAGAAGCACGCGAAAACGUUGUGAAGACCGAGACGCAUGCGGAGAAGAAGCUUUGGAAAAGUCGGCUGCGGGAAUGCGGAAUUCGAGUUGCGAAUGUGCUGGUGGAGAUGGGUGAGCUCGAAGGCGCUGGACGUCAUCUAGGCACUCUAUCAUCCGCAGAGGGAGACAGCCAAGACUCGCGGGAGGUGCUUGUCAUGGAAGCUCUUGUCUGGCUGAGAGUGGGUGACUUACGAGCUUCUCGACGUUGCGUCCUGGCCGCUGCAGCUCUGCCCUCGUCUGAAAAUGAAUCGACAUCGACGCUGGAUAGCAAAGUCGAGGGUACUUUGAAUGCCCUGCUGAGAAUUGCAGAGGGCGACUACAAUGCGGCCGUGGAGGCUUGGACGGAACUCCAUUCGAUGCACCAAGAUGACGCUAUGAUUACGCAGAAUCUCGCUGUUUCGUUACUCUACACUGGCAAGAUCUCCGAGGCCCGGAGCCUACUGACCGACCUGGCUGGGACGACAGCCCCAUUCCACGCCUUGACGUUCAAUCUCUGUACCGUGUAUGAGCUGUGCACUGAAAGGUCGCGAGACAGGAAGAUAGCUCUAGCAGAGCGUAUUGCUGCUCGCGAGCCAAGCGAAGUAGGCUGGGAGAUGGCAGCGGCGGACUUCAAGCUUUGA